GUAUAACGCUCUAUAUGGUAUCACUGGGCGAAUAUCCAACAGUAAACCUGUAAGUGAAAGGUAAGGGAGAGCUCCUUCAGUCCAUCCAUCCUUAUAUCUGUCUAUUUAUAUGUUUGUCUAUCCAUCUACCUCUCUGCAGCCUCAGUUUAAUAUUGUUGGAUAGGUUUUCCAAAUAAUUUAAUAAUUGUAUUUGUUAAACUUUUGAAAUUAUUUAAUAUUACCAAAAAUACUUCCACCUGCACUGUGAAUGUUUACAUGGUGUGUUCAAUAAAAACAUGGCAACAUUUCAUUCCUUGUGUGUUAUUAGUUUAAGCAGACUGUGAUUGUCUAUUGUUGUGACUUAGAUGAUGAUCAGAUCACAUUUUAGGACCAAUUUGGGCAGAAAUCCAUAUCAUUCCAAAGGGUUCACAUACUUUUUCUUGCAACUGUAUAAAGUGCCAAUCAAUAUAAGCCCGUAUGGUAAGUGCAAAAAAUAAGCAAUGUAAGCACAUAAAAUGUGUAAAUACAAACAGGGAACACACAAAUAAUGUGCAAAAAAUACAUAAUGCAUAUAAAGUGCAAAAUGUGCAUAAAAGUUCAAAACGCAGUAUUUUCUAUAGAUUGCAUAUUUAUGUUUAUUCAGAAGAUAUUGAGGAAUCCACAUCUACAGUGCACCUUAAGGGCAAAUAUUUUUAUUGUUUUUUUAUAUCCACUAUUGUUGUCAAUUUUGGGCUAUAGUGUGCUUUUCUUGUAUUAAGGACCGGACUGUUUUUGCGAUGUUGUACAUUUGCGACCAGGCAUCUUUUUACACUUUUGUGGUGUUUGUGUUUAGCUGUAAUUUUCCUCUCUCUCAUUUACUGUUCCCAUACAAAUUAUAUAUUGGGGGUUUUUUCAGGAGAAAAGGGGCUUUCUUUACAUACCAUUAUUUAUAUAAUCUCAUGUAAUUUAAUUUUUAAAAAAAAUGUAAAAUAUGAUGAAAAAUUUAAAAAAAUACAUGUUUUUUUACUUUUACUUGAAAAAUAUUUUACUCAUCUACAAAAGCAAAUGAAAAAAACUGCUAAAUAGAUUCAAAAUUUUGUCCUGAGAUUAAAAAUACCCAGUGUUUACAUGCAUUUUUGCUAUUUUUUUGCAUGUUAUAGGGCUAUAGGUACAAGUAGGAUAUUGCGGUUUCAAAAUAUACAUUUUUAAAAUUUAUCAAUAGUGGCAUUGUAACACUAUUAUCUGUCAUAAAUCUCUGAAUAAUACCCCACAUGUACAUAUUUUUUUUAAAGUAAACAACCCAGGGUAUUCAAUAUGGGGUAUGUCCAGUCUUUUUUAGUAGCCACUUAGUCGAAAACACUGGCUAAAGUUAGCAUUCAUAUUUGAUUGUGUGUGAAAAAAGUAAAAAACUAAAUUGAACGCUAAUAUUGGCCAGUGUUUGUGACUAAGUGGCUACUAAAAAAGACUGGACAAUACUUUGGGUUGUCUUCUUUUGCAAAUGGUAUGCCAUCAUGGGGGUAAUUCUCAUUCCUACCAUACGCUCUCAAAGGCAACAUAACCAACAGGGGAGGGCUGGCAGCCUUAGGCCUGGGGGGCAAAACCAGUCAAGUGGCCCAUUGCACCACCAAAUCAGUGCAAUGGUACCCACCUUUUCCUGGUUUUAUAACGGAUAUUGAUGUUAUGCUAAUCAGUAGCUCUUUGCCCUACCCGCUCCUUCACGGCUCUGACUUUCAAUGUUGUCAGAGCGCAGGCUGAGAAUCUCUGAGCGUGUGCUCUGACUCACUAACUGAGCGCCGGAACCACGAGGGAGAGGCUAUAAUCUGACUGCACCUACUGCUGCUGCGAUGGUAUGUAGUGUAUAGGGAUACCAGUUUGUGCAGGUGAUGCAAUGUGUUUGUGUGUAGUGGAAGCAGUGUGUAUUUGUGUAUAAGGGAUGUAUUGUGUGUUUCUGGUUGUGUGUAAGGGAUGCAUUGUGUGAAUCUGUGUUUGUAUGCAUAAGGGAUACAAGGUGUGUGUCUGUAAGUGUGUGCAUUGAGUGUGUGUUAGUGAUGCAUUGUGUUUCUGUGUGUAUGUAAGAAAAGCAGUGUGUGUGUGUAAGGGUUUGCAUUGUGUGUUUCUGUGUAUGUGUGCAAAGGAUGCAUUGUCUUUGUGUGUAAUGGAUGCAUUGUGUGUUUCUCUGUGUGUAAGGGAAACAUGUUGUGUUUCUGUGUGUGUAGGGAUGCAUUGUGUGUUUCUGUGUAUGUAUAGGGAUGCAUUGUGUGUGUGCGCGUAGUGUGAAAGAGCUCCCUGUCUUGCCCCCUGUCCUAUAGAGCUGUCCCUUCUAGCUCUCCCCUGCCCCUUAGUGGUCUCUCCUCUCCCCCACCCUCCCGUAGCGGUCUCUUGUCACACUCACCCACCCUCCCUGUGCUCUUCUCAUCCACCCUCCAUGUGUUCUUCUCACCUCCCCCCUCCCUGUGUUCUCCUCACCUCCCCCCUCCCUGUGUUCUCAACUCCCCCCUUCCUGUGUUCUUCUUACCCCCUCUCCUCCCUGUGUCCUCCUUACCCCCUCUCCUCCCUGUGUCCUCCUCACCUCCCCCUCCCUGUGUUCUCCUCACCACCCACCCUCCCUGUGUUCUUCUCAGUCCCCCUUCUCCUCAUCUCCCCUUCUCCUCACUCUUACUCUCUCCCCUCCUCCUUGUGUUCUUCUUACUCCCCCUUGUUCUUCUUACCCCCCGUUUUUCAUAUCCCCUUCUUCUUCUUACUCCCCCUCCUCCUCCUUCUGUUACUCCCCCCUCCUCCUUCUGUUACUCUCUCCUCUUCAUUUUCACCCCCAUCUUCAUUUACUCUCCCAUCUUCAUUUACCCCCUUCCUUAUUCCCCCUCCUUCACUUAUUCCACCCCAUCUUCAUUUACUCCCCUUUCAUAUUCCCCCCACCUCCUUCCUUACUCCCCUCUUCAUUUACCCCAUCUUCAUUUUAGUCCUCACCUUCACUUAUUCCCUUCAUUUUACCUGCUUCGCUUACACCCCAUCUUCAUAUUCACCUUCACUUGUUACCCCCUCUUUGUUUACACCCCUCCUUCGCCAUUUCUCCCCUCCUUCGCCCCAUUCCACCCCUCCUUCAUAUUCCUCCUUCGCCUUAUUCCUCCCCUCAGCCCCUUGUUCCCCCUCCCCCUCCAUAUUUCCUCCCCUCCCCUCCUUCACUUAUUCCCCCCUCCCCUUCGCUUAUUCCGCCCCCUCUUCAUUUUACCUGUAAGUAUGGCCAGGCUGCUCGCUGGUCAGCGUGAUUGCCCGGCGGACUGAUGGGAAGGUGCGCACUCAGUGUGCACUUCCUCGAUCCGGCGAUGAAGACAGAAACCCCGCGCGGAACUGGAGUUUCUGUUUCCUGUAACCGGCCGGACUGACAGGAAGUGCACACUCAGUGUGCACCAUCCUAUCACUCCGGCCGGCCACCGCGGACCAGCGAGCAGCUCGGCCACGCUACAGGGGAGGGGAGGAGAAGAGCAGCUGCAGCCGCCUGAGGCUCUUCACAGAGCGCUCAGGCGGCUGCAGCAUUUAAAGGGCCGGCCCUGCAGCGGCCGGUCCCGACAGAAUUUAGGGCGGCCUGGGGGGCAAUUGCCUCCCUGCCCCCCGGCCCAGCCCGCCCCUGAUAACCAACCUGGCCUUUUUCAAUGUAAAAUUAUUUGACCUAUAUAUUUGACCCUGUAACUUUCAAAAACACUAUAAAACCUGUACAUGGGGUGUACUGCUAUACUCGGGAGACUUUGCUGAACACAAAUAUUAGUGUUUCAUAACAGGAAAACGUAUCACAACAAUUAUAUCAUCAGUAAAAGUGCUGUUUGUGUGUGAAAAAUGCAAAAAAAGUCACUUUCACUGACAAUAUCAUCCCUGUGAUAUGUUUUACUGUUUUGAAUCACUAAUAUUUGUGUUCAGCGAAGUGUCCCAAGUAAAACAGUACCCCCCAUGUACAGGUUUUAGGGUGUCAUAGAAAGUUACAGGGUAAAAUAUAAUGCUAGCAAAUUAAAUUCUCUGGACUUUCAGCCUGGGUUGGCAGGCAGGUCCCUCAAAUUGCAAUCAAUAAAAUUACUUAAUUAUGUAAAAUAUUACAUAAAUAUGCACGUAGAAUUUAAAUAUAUAUGCAUAUUUAUAUAUUUGAAGUCUACGUGUAUAUUUAUAUAAUUAUUUAUGUAAUUUUGUAUAUGGACAUAUGUAUAUUUAUUUAUAUAUACAUAGAUAUAUAUACAAUUUCAUUCUAAGUGUAUUUUGAUAUAAAUAUAUAUAUACUAAUAUCAAAAUACAGUUAGAAUAAAAUUUCAUAUAGAUAAUUAAUUUAUUAUUAUUUUUUAAUUUUUUUUAAUUAAAAUUACUUAUUUGUAUUUUAUAAUAAUACAUAUAUAUAAAAUAUAUAUAGUUAUAUAUAUUAUAUAUACACGUGUGUAAUUUAAUUAUAUAUAUAUGUACAUAUUAAUAUAAAAAUACACUUAGCAUGACAUUAUAUAUAUGAUAUAUAGACAUAUAAUUAUUAUUUUUUUUAUUAACAUGUACCUUUAUUAAUUUUUUAUUUUACACUAGCAGGGAGACUGCCUGUCAGCACAGACAGUCCCCCUGCAGGCAGACACAUGGACACCUAUAAGGCGAUCGGGUAAGUACAUCUGACCGUUAGAACCGUCCUCGGUCUUUAAGGGGUUAAGAGUCUGCCUUACCUUAACAAAGUACACCUGGGUCAGCUAGUGCUCACUCCACCUUUAUCUGCUGUAUAUUCUAUUUGCCUGUACACUAUUUUAAAUGGUUUUAGAUUUCCAUACCAUAAUUCUAUGCAAUAUGUUUAACUUACAGAUUAGUUUAGAGAAAAUAGUUCUGCCAUGGUAUCUAUGCUACCAGUCCUAAAUAUGUUUCUUGUCAACUCUAUGACCCAUUAAUUCCUAGUGCAUGCCCCAUCCCAAAUGCACGUAUUUGAGCCUCUUAUCUUUUAACUUUUUACGGCAAUAGUCUCAUAAACAAACCAAGUAGCACUCUCUUUCCUCCCACUCAUCCCAAGGUUCUGUUUUAUUUUAUGGCCUCCUCACAUUGCUUAACUACUGUCAUCAGCAGAUACCCCCAAUUAGCAGUAUGCAUAUAAUCUCCUGCAUUAAUUACGCCCAAUCUACUUUUCUCAGCAUCACCCUAUCUGUUGCUUCACUGGCUCCAACCAUCUUAACCUGAUUCUCUAACUCUGCACAGCUAUCCAAGGCUCCCUAUCCUAGGGUGGAUUGCACCUAACUUAUGCGAUAUUAAGGGUGGUGGCAAUUGAGUCAUUUGUUCUCUCCUCGUUGUUCCUUGAAGCUUCCUCCUUUACCCCCUUGUCUUCUUUUCCUUUUUUGAGGUUCCCUUCAUUCAUCUUUUCUAUCUAUUCUCAGCUUGCAUUGACCGUAUCUAGUGUCUCCCGUGCUAUCCUCUACACUUUCUUAGUUUUUCUGCUUGGCUUCUUUACAUUCAUUCUUCUGACAUUCCAUCUAUUAUAUUUGGUGGCUUCACCAUCAGCCUAAAGAUUUAUAUCAAUUACUUCCUCUUUUAGCUUUACUCAAUGCAUUUGUUUUUUUAUAUAAAUAGCCAGCAAAACCCUACACCUCAUCUUUUCAACCUUUGCUCUAUCUCUAACUUCUCAAACACAUGCCCUCUUUUCUUAAUAAAUACAACCUUUCUCAUUCACUUUACUCGGUGAGUGUUCUUCAACUGUCAUCUGCUUGUAAAUAGAUUCCACAUUUUUUAGGCUCAUACUCUUAUAUGGAAUGCUGCCCUGUGCUAUUAGACACUCCCCUACCCAUAUGUGUUUGCUGAGAUAGGUGAAUUUAAGUAGUCUUGUAAGAUGUUAAAACUGUAUUUUUGUGUUUGAGCUGUUCCACUAUUUUAUAUUUUAUAGCUAAUUAUCAGUUACUUAAACAGUUACUACAAAUAUUAUGGCCACUUAAGUGAUUUGAAAUUGGUCAUGGUGCCUCGAGUUUGUAUGUGCAGCAUUUUAUUUGAAAAACUGCACAUCAAGAGUUUAACCCCUUAAGGACACAUGACAUGUGUGACAUGUCAUGAUUCCCUUUUAUUCCAGAAGUUUGGUCCUUAAGGGGUUAAAGGGACACUGUAGUCACUAUAACCAUUUAAUCUCUUUGAAUUGGUUGUAGUGCCUGGUGUCCUUUGGCACUGUCCCUCCAUUCAGAGUUAAACCAUUUUAGAGCAGUUUAACACUAAAUAGGGGUAUCUGGCCAGCCACAGUCUAGUCCCUUCUGGAGUUGCAGCUAAGGCAAAGAUUGCACAUUUCCUUGUAGUCAUACCCUUCAUACCAACAGUUGGAGUUCUGAUUGGAUAAAGGCGGUCAGCUGACACUCUCAGCCAAUCAUAGCUGCCCAUUGCUGCUAAUACUUCCUCAAUUGUCAAAGCAGCACACAUUGUAAUGAGAUAAAGUAGAUACAGUGCCCACAGUGUCUGUUUAAAACCUGUAAACACCUACGGCAGAGUUCCAGGCUGAAUAGUGUAAUUUCUGAGCCUCUCAGUCAAAACAAAGCUGUGGAAUCAGCAUCCAGGUUCUGCAGAGUUACACCAGAAUCACCAGAUCUGAAAGGAGCCUAGGAGCAAAUCAGGGACACAGGUAAAAGGCAAGCCAUUGUAAAACAGUUUUACCUAAAACCAUGGAAUGGAACUAGAGGACUGCUUGAAUUUAAAAAAAAAAAAAAUUAACAAGCCAUCAAUUGACAAUAAAAUUUUAUAGGCUUAUAUAUAUAAUUAGCACAGAUUGACAUGUUAGGGAACCAUAAGAACAUUAGAAAAAUAAAGAGAAAUGGAAAAAAUCUAAAGUAAAAUGAGAUAUGCAGACAGAAAGCUGAACUAUUUGGGUCCAUGGGAAGCAAACACAGGAGAUGCUGAUUAAAUAUAUAUAGAUAGGUUUGAUGUGCAUCUCUGAGUCUAAAAACCUUCUUCAUCUAGUCACUAGCUUAUUUUACCAACUGGCCCACAUUUUAUAUUAUUUAAAGGGAAUUAAAUACAUCCCACAGGUGGCCAACUCCAUUAGAAUUUGGAAAUUCAGUUGAUUUACCACAACUUUUUAUGAAAAUCUUGCUUGGGAUUUCAAGUAACGAGCAAUUACUAUGUUAGAGGCUGUUAAACAAUAUUUACUAGACAUCUUUCCAUUGAUUCAAGAAUUGGCUUUUCCACGUGGAGCAGGGCAACCUGUGGUGAUCUAUUUAACUUAAUUUUCAACAUGCUUUCGAGAUAGUCAAAUAAAUUACUCCAAUGAUCUCUACCUUAUUACACUCCCACCAUAUGUGAACAUCAUUUCCCUCCCUUCAAAAUAAAAAUGAGUUUGUGUUAAACAUUUUUACUAAUAUAGCAGGAAUCAUAUGCAUUUCUAACCCUUGCAUGAACAUGUAAACCAGAAUACUCUGAAAGAUAACUCUUGAGACUAACCUGUCAGUCUGAAGAUUUACCUAUCAGGGAAUUUUAAUUGGUUGUCAAGGUUUAUAAGGCUUUCAUUAGUCUUAAUGAAAUUCAAAAACUAAAAUAAUGACUGAAUUUCAUGCAAAAAUGAAUGGACAAAGGGACAAAAUACGGUUCCGACAAAACUAAAAAAUGUUUUCAUCCAAAUAUGUUCAGAUGAAACAAAAAUGUAGUCGGCACCCAAGUCUAUCAGCUAAAACCAUAAUAUUAAAAAAAUUGUGAUAACUUUCUGCACAAUCUUAUAAUUAAUUCCAGACCCAGGAACCCUCGAUUAUUGGUGCCAGGUAGCUGCAAAGACUUACUAGUCUUGCCUUGAUGACAACCAUCCUGUUGACCCCCUGAUAUUUUGAAACAUUACACAUGACGGUAAUGGUCCUUGUUUAAAAUCUCAUAUAUAUUGCUUUGCGUCAAUGAUCCAAAUGAAAGGGAACACCUUUUAUAGUUAACUUAAAGAUUUUAAUUCAAAAUAAAAACAUUCCCUAUAUCGUUACUGUUGAAUGAUAUACUUUCAAGAAAUGAGGUCUGGUGGGCUGAUGUACUAUUACCUAGGCUCUUCUGAAUAUUAAGUGGUGUGAAAUUAGGACAAAAGGGAAUGUGCAAAUGAAACAGUGGGAGUCAUCGAAAAAAUAUAGCAGUAAGCAAAGAGGAACAACAAGCCUAAAUACAAUGUAUGUCUCAUUAACAGAUACCACUGUGAGCCAUUCAACCAAGUCUGCCAAAGUGCAACAGAAGUACCAUCCUAUGGGCAACAUUGACCCACAUUUAUUUUGUAGUUUGUGAAUAUUUAUGCUUGAUGGAAGCAGGAUCUCUCAUAGAAUGAUGCUUACUGGAAGUGGGUCCUCAAAUGGAAAGAUGCCUAAUUGCAGCAGGAUCUUUUGUUGAAUGAUACUUACUGAAAGCAGGACCUCUCAUGGGAUGAUGCUUAUUAAAAGCAAGCUCUCUCAUGGAAUGGUGCUUACUGGGAGUGGAACCGCUAAUGAUAUUAUGUUUACUGAAAACAGGUUAUUAAUUCUCCUUUGUUUUCUUUAUUGGAUUAAAUAAUUACAUUGUUUAUAACACUAAGUUUGGCUGUACCUUUAUCGGGGCCAAUAUGAUUAUUAGACAAAGCAUACCUUUUAAUGGGCUAUUGUUAAAAUGCCCCAGAUAUGCUCAGUGCAUCUUCUGUACCUCUGCUUAGUGUGUCUAUUUAUAAUUAAAACAUUUACAAAAUAAGAAUGUAAAGUAACAAACACCAGUACAAUAUUAAAUAGUCACUCACUAACAUAUAGUUAUUGUUAUAUACUGUAGUUAGUAAAACUGAUACUAAUAUUUUGAAUGGAUAAUUCAAAUAGACAAAGGGUCUAGGGUUUGGUGCCUAUAGAAGAGAUUCCUCAUGGAUUAGCCGCUGAUGCAGGGCAUGCUUAAAAGAGCCACGUGUUUAAACAACUGUACCAGUAGCUAGAGCUUGCCAACUAGCUUCAUUCAUAGUUCUCAUAUUAAUGGAAAAUCAUGUAUAUGACAGCUGUGCACGUUCAACACUUUCCUCGGGUCUCCCACGCUGUUCGCAUUGUUUUCAAUGCGUUAUUGAUUCGUGUAUAUAGACGAGAACGGGCUAUUCACAGGUUUUUCCCGUUCGCGCCUAUUACUCUGCAUAGGCAUUCGGUAGUUUGUGCAUGAACUGGCCGUUCGCAGCUGCCCGUUCGCAGGGUCCAUUCGCGGGAUUCUCCAUUUGUUUCCCGCAUACGCAUUUCGCUGGCUUUUUAGCACCAUUUUAGCCUCGGCUCUCACGAGACCCGUUGCGGCCAUCUUGUUGGUGUGUUAGAUGCGGUGAUUGCUGCCAUCAAUAAUAGGCUCUCCCUGAUUUUUUUGCUGUCAAUCUGUGCUGUGCAUGCUGUCAGGGACCUGGUCAGGUUGGUGUCAUACCCCUAGGGAGUGGGACUGCCAGUCAGGUUUACCCUAGUAUUCUGGAAAGGGGUGAGCCCCCUUUUGGUUAGUACCCAGAGUGCUGCUGAAUGGAAUCUGUAUUUGCAGUUCCAAUUUUCCUGGGUGAGCCCCAGUGAUCAUAAUAAGAGUCUGCUUAUUACCCCACGCCAUUAGGCUGUGAGUGAGUAAAGGCCUGCAUACAUCCCUCCCGACCUGUCCCUAUACCUCUCAUACCUGUGUCUGUUAGCAGCAGUAUUCAUACCCAUAUAUCAUGGAAGACACCCAAAACCCCAUGGAUCUGAAGGCGGUGGCCGCAUCUCUGGAAAAAGCUAUAGCCAAAGUAUUCCCAACGGCCUCUGAUCCUGUCAAGCCGGCCCCAAAGUGCUUCCAAGCCAGAGACGACUCAGACGAGUCAUAUGAUGCCUCCAGAGAGAGAGCACACCUGGCAAAACGCCAUUGGAAGGGUGAGGGCUCAAGGAAGGUCCCUGAUAAGCGCAAUAAGCGCCCAACAAUGACCACCCCUCCUCCUAUUCCAGAUGAUUCCUCGGAUGUGGAAAGAGAGGUACACAAUUGGGGCUCCAACGUCUAAGUCAGGGAGACCUUUCUGAGUGAGCCCCAGAGUAAGGAGGAUGCAGGGACAACAGAGACAUCCACUGUACAUUACCAGGAGGUUUUCCUGGACACUACGUGGCAGAGGAUGUUCAACCCCAGGAAAAUCAGGCAUCCCUGCUCUGGGGAGCAGACUCCACCAGAACACCUCAUUAAGUUUAUACACUUUUGGAUUCGGAAACCCCUGGACAAAAGCAUCCACAAGAGGAUGAGGACCGAAUGCUCCAUACCAUUGUUGCAUUUACGCCUGAGCUUGACCAACUCAUGCUGGCAUUAUGACACAUGGAGGUCGAGACCCUCGCAGAGGGGUUCGAAAGGGGCUUCCAGGGUGCACAGGAUAAACUCCUAGACAUGAUGGGGCCUCUGGCCCGUGUUAUGUACCUGGCGGAUGAUGCAGACUCUUUCGAUGCGGAUAUGGUGCGCAAGUGGGAGCAUGACAUCAGAGAGUGGACCCAAAGAGGGUUUUGUUUUGUCCCCCCCAUGUGACAUCAAAAUGCCCCACCCAUAUUAUCUGCCAGAUGAACUAACGCCAGUGCUGCACACAGUGUGUGUUUACAUUAAAAAGCAUGCAGUGGUUCUGGGGACUAUAGUGUCCCUUUAGUGUGAGGUAGAUUAGAGAUUAGUGUCACUAAUAAUAUACUAGAUUGCCUACUUACAACCAGAUGAGGAUUGUGAUGUGCUCUGGCUACAGUUUGGCUUCACUGGUCUGGUGUAGAACAGGAUCUCUGGAGGCUGUUUGUAACUGUGGUCACAAAAUGUUCUGGGAGAAUGGGAAGCAGCUCCAUUUUUGGGGCCCCUUACACAGCUCAAGGUCUGGGCCCCAGGGCCUGACGGCAAGUAUGCCCAUACGGCCCACUCAUAAGUCCACCUACAUGUUCCACCCAUGAGUUCGCUCACAGGGAAUGGAGUGUGUAGGAGAUGUGUUAUGUGUUAUCGUAGAGGAUCUAAUGUGUGCGCUUAUGGAAUGUAGUGUAUAGGGAUACCAGUUUGUGUAGGUGAUGCAGUGUGUUUGUGUGUAGUAGAAGCAGUGUGUGUUUGUGUAAGGGAUAGAAAGCAGUGUGUGUUUGUGUAUAAGGGAUGUAUUGUGUGUUUCUGGCUUUGUGUAAGGGAUGCCUUGUGUGUCUCUGUGUAUGUGUGCAAAGGAUGCAUUGUCUUUAUGUUUAAGGGCUGCAUUGUGUGUUUCUCUGUGUGUAGGGAUGCAUUGUGUGUUUCUGUGUAUGUAUAGGGAUGCAUUGUGUGCCUGCGUAGUGUGAAAGAGCUCCCUGCCCUGCCCCCUGUCCUAUAGUACUCUCCCUUCCAUCCCUUAGAGCUCUCCUCUGCCCAUUAGAGGUCUGUCCUCUCCUCCCCUGUCCCUUAGUGGUCUCAACUCUCCUCCCCUCUCUUUGUGGUCUCUCCUUUUCUCCCUGACUUUCCAUUAGUGGUCUCUCCUCUACCCCCCUUCCAUUAGUUGUCUCUUUUCACCCCCCCUCCCCUAGUGGUCUCUGCUCUCCCCCCACCCUCCCUUAGUGGUCUCUCCUCACCCACCCUCCCCUAGGGGUCUCUUCUCACCCUUCCCUUAGUGGUCUCUCCUCCACCACCCCUCCUCCCUUAGUGGUCUCUGUUCUUCCCCCACCACCUUCCUUAGUGGUCUCCCUCACCCCAGUGUUCUCUCCUCACCCCUCCCUUUCUCCUCACCUCCCCCCCCUCCCUGUGUUCUCCUCCCCUUGUUUGUUCUCCUCACCCCCUUGUUUGUUCUCCUCCACCUCCCCCCUGUUUGUUUCCUCACCUCCCCUUCCCUGUGUAGCAUACACAGGGAAGGGGAGGUGAGUGGCAGUGCUGCAGCCGCCUGAGGCCCUCUAUAGAGCGCUCAGGCGGCUGCAGCAUUAGAAUGGCCAGCAAAGAGGGCGCCCAUUGGCCCAUUAUAGGAAGCGUCAGCCCUGUCCGCGAAUUACGCACGAAAGGUGCAAUCUAGCCCACAUACGGACCAGAGGGUUUCUUCAGCAACAUGUUCCUCAUUCACAAGAAAACUGGCAAAUUCAGAGAUCAGUGAUCAAUCUAAUGGAUCUAAACUUACACGUUAUAUACCGUCACUUCAAGAUGGAGGGAAUCCAUCUCCUCCAGGACCUCCUACAAGAAGGGGACUGGUUUAUGCAUCUGGACCUCAAAGACGCAUACCUGGCAGUCCCAAUCCAUGAAGACAGUUGUUCUUUCUAUCAGUUCCUAUGGCAGGGCAUCCUCUGGCAGUUCACUUGCCUCCCUUUCUGUCUCAGCUCUGCACCAUGGUGUUUCACAAAGAUGCUAAAUCCAGUAGUGGCCCACCUCAGAACACGAGGGAUCCAAUGCAUUAUAUACUUGGAAGACAUCCUCCUGUUCUGCAGGAAGAGCAACCUCCUAUUACAACAUACCGGAUAUACGGUAUUCUUGUUGGAAUCUCUGGGAUUCAUAGUCCACAGGGCCAAGGCUGCACUUAUUCCCACUCAGACUAUUCAAUUUCUGGGCUUCGAAAUAGACUCUCGGUCCUGCACGCUUCACCUGCUGUCUUCAAAAGUGAUGGCCAUUCAGAAGUAGAUCCGCAAGGUCCUCAAACGCUACUCCAUCCUGCUCAGACAACUCGCCCGGAUAGUUGGCCUGCUAUCCUCCUGAAUCCAGGGCAUAUUCCCAGGCCCACUGCAAUGGCUGAAAGUCCGCUUCCUCAAAAAAGACCCGACAUACAACCAACUGGUUCCGCUGACAAAAAGAAUGCUGGCUCAAUUGCAUGCAAACAUGGAAUGGUCGAGUCAUCUUUGGCAGCCAACCAGACUUCAUACUGGAGUCGGACGCCAGCAGGUGGGGAUGGGGAGCAACCGAUGGGGGCGCAUCCACGGGAGGUGCAUGGACAACCCAGGAGCUCAAGAUGCACCACAACUGCUUGGAAUUAUUGCUUGGAAUUAUUGGCCGGAUCCUUCGCCAUUCGCAGCCUGGCAAAGGGGCAAUCCAGCUGCUGUAUUCUCGUCCGGAUGGAUCGUCUCUCUGCUGUACAUUACAUCAACCACCUGGGAGGUACAAGACCCCCUGAUCUGCCAACUGCUACGAGGCAUCAAACUUAGGCAGCCUCCAACUCCCAAAUAUCAACAUCUGUGGGAUGUGGACGUAGUGCUUUGGUUCUUGAGAGGAUGGCCAUCCAACAAACUCCUAUACCUAUAACAAUUGACGGCCAAAUUUACAUCUCUACUGUGCCUCGUCUCGUUCCGACGAGUCUCAGAUGUGCGUCCUUUUUGGUCACUCCGGAGGGAGUCACGUUCCGUAUUUCCCGACGGACUAAAUCGGAUUCAUUGUUGGUCUUCUACCCGUUUUUUGCCUCGGACCCCGAAUUAUGAGUGGUAUCAGCAUUGCAGGCAUAUGUGAAGGCGACGGAGAAGUUGCUCACGGCAUCAUCCCAACAUCUGCUGGUUUCAUAUGUCAGUCUUCACGGUCUGGUUUCAGUCACCACUCUGUGCAGAUGGAUUAGAUGGCCACUUACGUUGCCUGGGAUAGACCCAACUUUUGGUGCCCACUCUGUUCGCGGAGCCGCAGCAUCGUCGGCUUUUAUGGCAGGCACGUCACUUUCAGACAUCUUACAAGUGGCAGACUGGUCUCAUGAAUCCAUGUUUAGGACAUUCUUUAACCGACUGUCGUCUAACGCCACAUUUUCUCUUCUUACUAAGCAUUUAAAUCGCAAAAUAUGAAGCCUCUUCUCAUGUGGUAAAAUUAAUUAUUAUGCUAGCGAAGUGUAUAAAUAAUCUUAAUUUUAGUAAUGACAGGAGGCGAGUAUUCUCCCCACCUUUUUGUAUGUUGUUCAUCCCACCCUGAUCACAGGAUAUUGGGGGUUUGUAGUACCUUAUGUGUAUACAUUAUAGGUUUGUGAGAAAUUCGCAUAUAGAGAAAUUUCAUUCUGUCAUGGGUAUAUUACUCUAGUAUGUUAACUUCGGAUAAUGUUAGAUCUCUGUCAGGUACAUUGACAUCUAAUUAGCUCACUGUACUAUAUUCAUACGGUCGAUUCUGUAUCACUGAACCUAGUUUAUUUUCUUUCAGCGUAACCCGUCUAUGGGAGGAAUUUGUUUCCAUUAUCACAUUCAAGGCUGAAGUUGGAUUUUGUACAAAGUUUCUCGUUUAGUUCUGAUGUUGCAUGUGUCAGGAGGAAGUGAUGCGGAUAUGCUUUCACUUAUAUACACUCUGACUGUGUUCUGAUUGGUUCUUUAUUUUACCUGUUUUUUUUUCUUUGCUGCUAUGAAGUUAGUAAAGAAAGUUAAUGCAAAUUACUCGCCUCCUGUCAUUACAAAAAUUACGUUUAUUAAUACACUAUGCUAGUAUAAUCUUCAAUUUUCAUCUUACUCAUUUACUUACUUUGUACCCACACAUAUUAUAUACCGUUUUUCUCGCCAUUAUAUAGUCUUUCUAAAGAUACCAUUGUUUUGUAUCAUAUGAUAUAAUUUACUAUAAUUUUUUUUAUAAAAUAUGAUGGAAAAAAAAAACACUUUUUCUAACUUUGACCCUCAAAAUCUGUUAUGCAUCUACAACUGCUAAAAUAUACCCAUGCUAAAUAGUUUCUAAAUGUUGUCCUGAGUUUAGAAAUAGCCAAUGUUAACAUGUUCUUAGCUUUUUUUGGAAAGUUAUAGGGCAAUAAGUAAAAGUAGCCCUUUUCUGUUUCCAAAUCAUUUUUUUUUUUCCAAAUUAACGCGUUACAUUGUAACACUGAUAUCUGUCAGAAAUCUCUGAAUAACAUGUAUAUAUUUGUAAAAGAAGACAAGCUAAGGUAUUAAACUUGGGGUAUUUUAACUAUUUUCAUGCAACCAUUUUACCACCAAUCUAUGCCAAAUUUUAAAAAAUUUUUAAAAAAUUAUUGGUGAUUUUUUUGACACACAUAGCAAUUUAAGAAUACAUGUACUGAGAACUUUAAAGGUUACUGCCAAGGAACACCCCAAUAUGUGUUCAGCAACAUCUCCUGAGUACAGUGAUACCACCCGUGUAUACGUGUGUAGAGUUCUCUGAGGGCUAAAAUACCUUAUUUGGAGGGUGGGCAUUCCAGUUUUCCAACUUGGAAUUUUCACAGCUGGUCAUCAUGCACCCAUGUCCUAUUUGGGACAUUUAUGAAGCCGGCCAAUGUAAUUUACCCCCAUCAAACCAUAUAUUUUUGAAAAGUAGACACACCAGGGUAUUUCAAAUGGUGGUAUGUUAAAAAAAAAAUCCAUGCACUAGUUCUACCACCAGUCUUUGUCAAAAUUUUGGGUAGUUAUUCUUUUGUGUUAUUUUUCUCUCAUAUUGUACUUUGGACAUGGAUUCUCAGUACCUGUUAUAUGUUACUGACAAAGAACACCCCAAUAUGUGUUCAGCAACAUCUCCUGAGUACAACAGUGCCCACAAUAUAUAGGUUUUAUGGGUUUUUGCAAAUGUACAGGGGUCAAAUGUAUGGCUUUCCCAUUUUCCAUGUUUGCACAUUGAAAUUUGCCAUAUUGGUUUGCUGGGCUUAUGUUGCCUUUGAGACCGUAUGGCAGCCCAGGAAUGAAAAUGAACCCCAUGAUGGCAUACCAUUUGUAAAAGUAGGUAUUCAAAAUGGGGCAUGUCUUUUUUAGUAGCCACUUUGUCACAACCCCUGGCCAAAAUUAAUGUUCAUAUUUGUUUUUUGCAUUUUAUUACACAGAAACUGCACUUUUACUGGUGAUUUCAUCAUCAUGAUAUGUUUUACUGUUUUAAAUACAAAUAUUUGUGUUCAACGAAGUCUCCCGAGUAUAACAAUAACCCCCCAUGUACAGGUUUUAUGGUGUUUUGAAAAGUUACAGGGUCAAUAUAGGGCUUGCCCAAUUCAGUUUGCCAGAUUGUUUUGCUGGGUCUAUGUUGCCUUUUGAGACCAUAUGGUAGCCCAGGAAUGUGAAUUAACCUCAUCAUGGCAUACCAUUUUCAAAUUUAGACUACCCAGGGUAUUCAAAAUGGGGUAUUUCCAGUCUUUUGUAGUAGCCACUUAGUCAAAACCGCUGGCCAAAGUUAGCGUUUUUAUAAAAAAAAAUUUAAUUUUUUUUAAACCAAAAACUGCACUUUGACUGGUGAUAUUAUCGUCGUAAUAAGUUUUACUUUUUAAAACACUGAUAUUUGUGCUCAGCAAAGUCUUCCGAGUAUAACAAUACCCCCCAUGUAAAUGUUUUAUGAUGUUUUGGAAAGUUGCAGGGUUAAAUAUAGGGCUUGCCAAUUAAAUUCUCUGGAUUGUCUGCCUGGGUUGUCAGGCAGGUCCCUCAAAUUAUAAUUAAUAAAAUUAAAUAAUUAUGUACAGUAAUACCCUGAAAAUCCAAGCUUCUGAAUCUGCAGCUACACAAAUUCACGUAUUUUUUUUCCUCGGGUCCAGCAGUUGUAACCGUGACCCCUGCGAGGAAGUGAGGUCACACGCGGUGACAUCGCUUCCUCCCAGCGCUCUUUGCAGACGGCCGCGGGGGAGGAAAGAGAGAGGAGCUCCCAGGACCAGGUAAGUGCAUGGUAUGGGGUAGGGGCGUGAAAUCUUUAUCAUGGACUCACCACUAGUGAUUCCCUGAUAAAGAUUUCACCCCCUAUUAAAGUUAUUUUCUCUCCCGGGCAGUAAUAUUAUUGUCCGUUCAAAAUUUGCGCAUUUUCAAAAUUUGCGGGGAGGUCUUGGAACGUAUCCCCUGUAAAUUUCGGGGUGUCACUAUAGUAAAUAGAUAAAUAUAUAGAAUAUAUAUAGAUAGCUAGAUAGAUAGAUACGUGUGUGUAUGUGUGUUUAUAUAUAUAUAUAUAUAUAUAUACACACACACACGCUUUUAUUUUAUAUAUAUAUAUAUAUAUAUAUAAUAUAUUAUAAAAUAAUUAAAGCAUUUUAUAAUAUAUUAUACAUAUAUAAUGCAUAUAUGUGAUUACAUUGUAAGUGUAUUUUGAGAUAUGUGUAUAUAUCUCAAAGUACACUUAUAAUGCAAUCAUAUAUAUGCAUUAUAUAUGUGUAAUAUAUUAUAAAAUGCUUUAAUUAUUUUAUAAUAUAUUAUACAUAUAUAAUAUGUGUAUAAUAUAUAAAUUUUAUUAUUUUUUUUAAUUUAUUUUUUACUUUUAGGUGUCAGGGGGACUGCCUGGCAGCUCAGACAGUCCCCCUGCUGGCAAUGUGAUCAUGGUGACCACAUGGCCCUGGAGGGCCACUGUCGAUGGAAAUGCUGCAGGGGGACUGCUGGGGUCUCGGGCAGUACCCCAGACCGGGAUCACCGAUCCAGGUAAGUCCAGGGGUGAUUUUUGCUGCGGACGUACUGGGUAUGUCUGCGGUCGUUAACGGACAUUUUUUGUCGGACGUACCCAGUACGUCCGCGGUUGGGAAGGGGAUAAACAUAACAACUGGAGAAGUUCCACUACUUACAUGUGUAUUUACUGUCAAAAUAAACCCCUUGUGCAGUUCCUAAAACAACACUUUUACCUGGAAAAUGAUGUAUACUACCCACACAUACCUGUAAGGAAGAUAUUUAGGCCUUAAAGGGACACUAUACACAUCAUUACCAUUUCAUCUCAUUGAAUUGGUUAUAGGGCCAGGAAUCAUCUGGUGCUGUGUCUUCACUCAGUGUUAAACCAUUUCUGAGCAAUUUAACACUAAAGCCCUGCCCUAACUGUAAGCACCUAACCGAGGCAGCCAUAUUACCAUGAAUUCCAGCAAUGGGUGCUCUGAUAAGUGGAAAUCAGUCAGAUGACACUCACAGCCAACCAGAGCUGCCCGUUGCUGCUUAGACUGAUGUUUCUUCCAAACCCAAGCAGCAUAAUUGCAGGGUAAUCAAAUAAGGUGUUACUAAAACAGCUGGCGCUCUCUAGGGCUAAAUAUAUUGAGUACUUUAAAACAAGAUCGGGCUUUAUUUACCGAUUUAGAACAAGGCAUUGCCAGUGGAAAUCUGUAUCAAUUGUCAAGUUUAACUUGGAGUGAGCAAAUGCACUUAAUGAUCUCAUGCCACAUGGAUACAUAUAAGGAGGGGGGGGCUACCAUCUGCAGGGAUUUCCCCAAAUGCAGGUAUAAUGUGAAUGGGUUCAAGCAUAGGGGCUCCAGGUUGUUGUAGGAGCAGGGAGUUUAUUGGAAGGGGGAGGCAGUUCAUCCAUUUGAAAGAGAUGGAGAUAAUGAGAAUCACUGACGGGCAGUGAUCCUUAAAGAGCGAAGUUCAAAUUGAAGAGAGAGAGAGAGAAAAAGGGAAAGACAAGCAGAACGAUAGAGACAGUGAAGGCUACAAGUCUAGGAAGAGGCUACAAAGACAUAGAAAGACUUGAAAAAGUAGAGCUACAGAUCAAGUACAGCGGCUCGUGCUUGGAUAGACAACCAACGGUAGACUGUCCCGAGUGAUGUUCCAUCCUACGAGCUGACAUUAUCUCGGUGACACCCAAACUUCAGAGAGGGAGCUGGUGAGUACUUGUGAAACAGGGUAUGGAUAACAAGUAAAGCAGGUGCACACAAGAGUUGGAACGGCUGGGAAGAAUAGUGGAAAAUGUGUUAAUUAAUAGGCAAAUACGAAGGGAGUGGAUAUAAGAGCUUUACUUUCUCUUCUGAUAAUAAUAAUCUUUCUAUCUUUCUUUAUAAUUCACGGUCUGUUUCCUUUUUACGGUUUGCAUAAGACGGAAAGGGUUUCCAAUUACUUCUUAGUGUUAAACAAUGCAUUUCAGUAAUUUAAUUUGUCCUCCAAAUCAAUCUAUUACCUGGUGUUACCCCCUGUCCUUAAAUGGGUUAAAUGGUUUAACCCCUUAAGGACCAAACUUCUGGAAUAAAAGGGAAUCAUGACAUGUCACACAUGUCAUGUGUCCUUAAGGGGUUAAGGUGUAGUUAUCACGAUCGCCUCUCGCUAUCCUGUCCAAGAUAUGCAAGUUAUAUACUAAUGUGAGAAUUCAUAGUGAAUUUCAAAGGGAACUUCAUAUUUAAAUCUGGAAUAGCCAAAAGGUAGCAGUGAAUGUUUCAAUUUUGGCUAUUAUGACCUUCAAUUUGAAAUCAGGAAACAUUAUAUUAUGUAUAGUUCAGUUUUAUAGAGAAAUUUCCUCCUGUUGAGCAUAUUAACAUUAUUCUGUUAUAAUACUCUUCAAUUUAUAGUUAGAUAUAAUGCAACUAAAAUACAAAUAUAUAUAAUCUGCAUAAUGUUCUUUCAUAUUCCCUGCAUGUUUAAGUCUGACAUACAGUUUCAGAAUAUAUUAAGCAUUAAGGGCUCCAUAAUGUGAGAAGGGGAAUUACAGGGAGGAGUGGGGGUCCGUGGGGACCUGAUUCACCCACUUAGAGAUAGGACUUUACAUAAAAUAAUAUGACCAGAGAUAUUGUGUCGCUCCAGAUUUUCACAGUUUAGUAAAUCUCCCUUUGAGUGACUACGCAAGCUCUCAAUACAUCAAUGACGUUGGUGUUUUUCAUGUGUGUUUGAAGCUCAGUAUCGUGUGUCAGUGCUGAGAUGUUGUGAUAGAAAACGUUUGCAUAAGCAAAGCCACCAUAUGGCAAAAUAAAUAUAUGCAUGUCAUACAGAAGUUAUAUCUUCUGCCAUGUUUUACAUGAAAGGUUUUAACUUUUCUAAGAUUUGCUUGAUACACUGCGAUAUAAAGACAACGCUCGUGCAUCAAGCAUGUGGAAUCGAUAUCUUCACCUGUGGCUAAUAAACAGAUAGCAACAAGGUUUCUGUAUCAAGUAUAUCAUAUCUCCCAAUUGUCCCUAUUUAGAAAGGACAGUCCCUAUUAUGUGUCCAAAUCCCUCUGCCCCUCUUUUCUAGGAGCUCCAUAUUGUUGGUGUGUCUGAGUGUAUAACAGAGCUCCACAACAAUAAAGCUCACCGUAGUGUCUUUAAACGACAAUAAAUGUGUUUAGAAAUAAGAUACAUUGUUGUUGUUCUAAAUUGCAUUUUAGUUGCGUAAAUUGUUAUUAGUAAGCCACCUAAACCUGGCCACACCCCCACUGACACCCCUAAAAUUAAAGUGCCCCUCGUUGUCCUUUUGAAAUGUUGGAAGGUACGAGUACAGUAUCAAAUUUAUGCAAAGUGUCAAAUGGUUUUUGUGAUCAAUAAAAUGAGGAUCCGAUGCCAAGGUCAAUUCUACACAUUUCCUUGUUUAGUAAAUUUCUCUGUAAAUAUGCUGAGUAAUUUGAGGUUUUAUUGUAGAAAAUCAUACCAGAAAAGGAUUAUACGUCUCUUUAUUGAGGCAAAAUUAUAAAUGGGGCAAGAUAGACAUCUUCGAAUAUGUUAGGGGGGGGGGGAAAUAGGAAGGGAGCAGCAUUUUCAGUACACACAGGGAUGUAUUUACCACAAGGCAAACAAGGCAUUUGCCUAGGGCAGCACUUUCAGGAGGGGCGCCAAAAAAUGCCACCCCAAGCUCCCAGACAAAUGCCUUGUUUGCCUCAUGUUCUGGGGCUGUCCACCUUACUGUGAGUGAGUGAGUGUAGCUGUCAGUAUGUGUCUGUGAGUGAGAAUGGGUGUGCCUGUGAGUGUGUGUCAGUGUGUGUAUGUAAUUUUAUGUGUAUCUGAGAGUGUGUGCCUGUCAGUGUGUGUCUGUCAGUGAAAGUAUGUGUUGGUUAAACAGUGUGUGCCAAUGACUGUAUUUGUGUGCCAAUGACAGUGUAUCUGUCAGUGAGUGUAUAUCAGUGCAGGUAUCAAUGAGGGCAUGUGUCUGUCAAUCAAAAAAAAAGGCCUUGACAAGAAUUGGGGGGGGGGGGGCAAAUUUAGAUUUUGGGAUGCCCGAAUUUAGUUGUGCCUAGGGCAGCACAAAUCCAAAAUACACCAAUGAGUACACAGACAUAUAUUGGAAUGAGGGGACAUGAUUAGAAGUUUUAGGGAGAAUAUGAGAAAAUACUAAUUUUAAAAAAAGGUAGUGGAUACAUGGAAUAGCCUUUCAGUGAAGGAGUUUUUGGUAGGUGUAUAAGACUAGCAUGAUAAUCCCAAAAAAAAAAUCAACCUGAGAUUUGUAAAUGAGCAAAAACGGAUUCCGAUUUGAUAUGUUAAUCUUUGUAGUUCAUCAAUGUCUGCGCAUUGCCUGAUUAAACAACAUGCUGUAUAUUAGCAAUCUAAUUACAUGCUGUGCAGGCAGAAACCAAUAACCCAAUGUGUUGUGUGCAUGUCGGCUUGAAUAACCAACAGGCUGAGUAUGUGCAGGUGCCUGUACCAUACCAAUUAAUCAAUGUUGUACAUACACGCAAGAUGCAGUGAAUGCGCAGCUGGUUAAUCUGUGCCCAGCACUCGUUUUGUUAGUUUAGCAUCGCACGCGCAAGUGACCUUCACUUCACCCCCCCAGUAGGCCUAAACGUUGGGAGCUAUGUUUUAUGAGGCUUAUCAUCAACUAGGAAAACAUUUUAGAUGCUUUCACAGAAAAGGACACAUAACCUUAUCCCCAUUUUGCAUUUCCAUUUCCUACAACGUACUGGAAGCUCCGACUUAGCUAGUGACUUAUUCCAGUAAUUCAUUUCUGGACUUUGAGAACUGGAUUCCAAAGGGUAAAAUAAAUAAAUAAAUAAAAACGCACAAUAACAACAGAAAAGAGAUGCAUAAUACAAGGGGGUUAUUCAAUAAACUGCAAAAUGCAAUGAAUUGAAUAAGACAGCCUAACCGUGACUAUAGCCAACUUUAAAAAACAUUUCCAAAUCAGCACUUUUUGUCUAAAUUUUGCAAUUUGGUUUGCAAAUCCUUGUUGGCAUGGCAGUCUUUAUCACCUUUCACUAGAUGCUGUCAGGAACAGAUAUUAGGUCAGUGGUGCCCCCCCAAAAAAUUGAAAACAAAUUUACUGCAUGUAAUUAUGCUAUGCAUUAUAUGUUACAUUUGUGUGAUGUGUGUAUAUUGUGUACAUUUCAAGCUGUCUGUGUGUGAUGUGUGUGCAUUUCAUGCUGCCUGUGUGUGAUGUGUGUAUAUUGUGUACAUUUCAAGCUGUCUGUGUGUGAUGUGUGUAUCUGUGUGCAUUUCAUGCUGCCUGUGUGUGAUGUGUGUAUCUGUGUGCAUUUCAUGCUGCCUGUGUGUGAUGUGUGUAUAUUGUGUAUUUCAUGCUGCCUGUGUGUGAUGUGUGUAUCUGUGUGCAUUUCAUGCUGCCUGUGUGUGAUGUGUGUAUCUGUGUGCAUUUCAUGCUGCCUGUGUGUGAUGUGUGUAUAUUGUGUAUUUCAUGCUGCCUGUGUGUGAUGUGUGUAUCUGUGUGCAUUUCAUGCUGCCUGUGUGUGAUGUGUGUAUCUGUGUGCAUUUCAUGCUGCCUGUGUGUGAUGUGUGUAUAUUGUGUACAUUUCAAGCUGUCUGUGUGUGAUGUGUGUAUCUGUGUGCAUUUCAUGCUGCCUGUGUGUGAUGUGUGUAUCUGUGUGCAUUUCAUGCUGCCUGUGUGUGAUGUGUGUAUAUUGUGUAUUUCAUGCUGCCUGUGUGUGAUGUGUGUAUCUGUGUGCAUUUCAUGCUGCCUGUGUGUGAUGUGUGUAUCUGUGUGCAUUUCAUGCUGCCUGUGUGUGGCGUGCGUAUCUGUGUGCAUUUUAUGCUGCCUGUGUGUGAUGUGUGUAUCUGUGUGCAUUUCAUGCUGUCUGUGAGAGAUGUGUGUAUCUCCGUGCAUUUCAUGCUGUCUGUGUGUAUGUUAUGCUGUCUGUGUGUGAUGUGUGUAUCUGUGUACAUUUCAUGCUGUCUGUGUGUGAUGUGUGUAUCUGUGUACAUUUCAUGCUGUCUAUGUGUGAUGUAUCUGUGUGUAUGUUAUGCUGUCUCUGUGUGAUGUGUGUAUCUGUGUGCAUUUCAAGCUGUCUGUGUGUGAUGUGUGUAUCUGUGUGCAUUUCAUGCUGCCUGUGUGUGAUGUGUGUAUCUGUGUGCAUUUCAUGCUGCCUGUGUGUGAUGUGUGUAUCUGUGUGCAUUUCAUGCUGCCUGUGUGUGAUCUGUGUAUAUGUGUAUUUCAUCCUGCCUGUGUGUGAUGUGCAUACCUGUGUGCAUGUUAUGGUGCCUGUGUGUGAUGUGCGUAUCUUUGUGCAUUUCAAGCUGUCUGUGUGUGAUGUGUGUAUCUGUGUACAUGUCAUGCUGUCUGUGUGUGAUGUGUGUAUCUGUGUGCAUGUUAUGCUUCCUGUGUGUGAUGUGUGUACAUUUCAUGCUGUCUCUGUGUGAUGUGCAUAUAUGUGUACAUUUUAUGCUGCCUGUGUGUAAUGUAGGUAUCCCCAUGCAGUUGGUGCAGACUGUGCAUGACUUGUAUAUCUUUGUGCAUUUCAAGCUGUCUGUGUGUGAUGUGUGUAUCUGUGUACAUGUCAUGCUGUCUGUGUGUGAUGUGUGUAUCUGUGUGCAUGUUAUGCUUCCUGUGUGUGAUGUGUGUACAUUUCAUGCUGUCUCUGUGUGAUGUGCAUAUAUGUGUACAUUUUAUGCUGCCUGUGUGUAAUGUAGGUAUCCCCAUGCAGUUGGUGCAGACUGUGCAUGACUUGUAUAUCUUUGUGCAUUUCAAGCUGUCUGUGUGUGAUGUGUGUCUCUGUGUGCAGUAGUUGCAACCUAAUAGGUAUUGCUUUACUGGAAAUGGGGGGGGCUUCAGGGGUCACACAGGCCAUGACUGCGUUACUCAUUAAGAGAAAUUAAUGAGGUGGAAAUGCUGAGUCUGGAAGUACUGGAAGAGUGUUAACAGGAGGCAAAUAUCUGUUUAUCGCACUGUGCAGGGUGCACGAGUGCAAACUAUUCUUAUAAAAAAUUAUAUUCUUAAUUAUGAAACACACAAAAAGCAUUUUUAAAAAAUAGAGUAAGCGUUACAAACCAAAUUCCACUUAUUGUCACAGAGACAAUGGUAGUUAUCUUUUUGUUUGUUUGUUAUUUCUUUAUAAAGCACAGUUCUGGUGAAAAUAUCUAAAAAUGACCAAUUGCCAUGGAAAUCAGUGGCAUGUCCCUGCUUUGUGAUGAGUGAGCUACAUUCACAGAUUGUUCAAAAAUGGUUCUUAAUGCAUCAAGUCCAAUAUGUAGAUGGACAGCACCAUAGUUUGCCAGAUAUUCAAUGUGUUUGUUUAACGCAUCCCAUUUUAUUGGUCGUAAACUAUUUCAUUAAUAUUAUUUAUUUUUUUAAUUCUUUAUUUUUGCUUGCUGCAAACCCACAAUAGGUUUACCAUAUGCAUAAUAGCAUAUAUUAACAGAUUUCAACAAUGAUUAUACAAUGCAUGUGUCAGAGCUUAGCACAAAUUUUUCUUUUAGUUAUAACAAGCAGAUAAUCCUAGGUGGUGAGUAAGGUCUAGAAUAUGUGUAGCUAACGUAGGAGAUUGUGGUUUUGUUACCUGGGCCGUGGGUCGGUUGCGGAGGUCUGGCCCAGUGUGAGUGUUAUCAGCGGGCUGGUCAUGGUUCUGGUUCCUUGCUUGGGUCAGUAUGGCUUUGGUAGAGGUUGCAAUGCUGGUUGUUGAGUUCUGUGAGUAAGUCUUCAAUAUGCUCUACCUCUCGGUAAAGAUGUAGUUGGCUUGAGCUCAAUAGAGACUACUCAUGAGGGGUGGUAGCCCUAACCUAGGGGCUGUCGGGGGGGUGUGUUCUGUCUUGCGCCGUGAUACGUGUUCUGUGGACGCAGUAUUGUGUGUCAGCGCCUUCUUUAGCAGGCUCUUAUAGUAAGCAUUAAACUAGUGUCGUAACAUUAACAAGUAUUCGUGUGCAGUAAAUGGUAUAUAGGCAUUUUAUAACAUGAACAUUUUGUAUCGCCUUUGAACAGGCAGGGGUAGGAGACUUCUCCCCCCCUACCAGUCAGGUGGCCUGUGUGUCCAGUCUCUGCCUUCUUGGAAUGAAUAUUUCCGCGGUUGCUGGGUUCCAGGCUUGAGCGGUGUUUUGGUCGGGUUUGUUCGGUAGGCCCAGCUUUGUUAGAAGUGCGGGUGCUUCAGUCCCUUUGUGGGUGACUAGUAAGGAGCGUGGGUUACCCCAGCGGUAUGGUAUCCCCGCUGUACGCAGCUGACUGGUGAGUUCACUGAGUGAUUUUCUCCAUUGGAGAGUGGUUUUGGUUAAGUCCUGAUAGAAGGUUAGUUGGGACUCUUCGAAAUCCAGUGGAGUCUUGCCUUUGAUCGCAUUCAUGAUGUGCCCCUUGUCUUGGGGUAGGACACAGCAGACGAUGACAUCUCCUGCAAGCGUGGUGGCGGCUCUGGGAGGCGUUGGUAUGCAGUAUUUCCCCGCGAAUGUGAGCUUCCUUGCCGUUGCGGGUGGUAGUAGUGAUUGCAUGAGUCUCCUAAUAUAGUGCGGUAGGUCCUCUUUGUUUACUGAGGCAGGUAUGCCUCUGAUUUUAAUGUGAUUGCGUCGGUUUUUAUCCUCUUGUGCUGCCACUUGUACUGUCAGGAGUUGGUGGCUGUGUUGCAGCUGGAGGAAGGACUCUUUCAGCGUGGAGAUUUUUCCCUGGAUCAUUCUAACUUCACCCUCUGUAUUGACAACUUUCUCUGUGAUCUGUUGCAUGCUUGUUUUGAGCGCAGGUAAGUCUGCUGCCAGCAGGCAUUGUAUGUCCUGCAGCAUGGUUUGCAGUUGCUGCAGGUCCUGCUUGGUAGCCGGAUCUAUGGUUCCCUGCUGGGGUGUGGGUUUGGGCAGCGUGGUUUGUUUAGGUUGCAUGGCCCCUUGUGUAACUCCCUGGGAGGUUUGAUCUGUGGGGGUAGCCGUGUGUGGGAGGUCUGCUGCUAAUUCCUUAUUUAUGUUAUGUAACACUAAAUAGAGUGUGGCUUUAUUAUUAUUAUUAUUAUUUUAUUAUUUAUAUAGCGCCAGCAAAUUCCGUAGCGCUGUACAACGGGUGGACUAACAGACACGAAAUUGUAACCAGACAAAUGCACAUACAGGAACAGAGGGUUUGAGGGCCCUGCUCAAUGAGCUAGAGGGAGUGGGGUAUCGUGGAACAAAAGUAGGGGUAAUGACAUAGGUUGCCAGAAAAGUAUUCACUGAGUUAUUUUUGACAGUUGCAGGAGAGGAGUCAUGGAGGGUUAUAAAAAUCUGCUUACAGUUUAAAUUAUAUGUUUUCCUGAAGAAGUGUGUUUGCAAAGAUUUUUUGAAGGAGUGGAGACUGGGUGAAAGUCUAAUGGAGAAGGGAAAGGAGUUCCACAGAAAAGGUGCAGCCCUGGAGAAGUCUUGGAGUUGAGCAUCAGAUAUGGGAGUAUGCAGUGGCGUACACAUGACCCAUGGGGCACCGUUGCGAAAAUUGAUCCGUGGGCCCCCCCCGCGCUUACUCGGCAUGGGUUGGGGCCGCAGCACAUGGUGGCGGGCACCUGGUCGCAGGGGUUGCAGGGGUUGCAGGGCUGCGACCCUGCGACCGCGGUAUGCACACACACUUAAAGGACCACUACAGACACCCAGAUCACAUCAGCUCAAUGAAGUGGUCUGGGUGCCAGGUCCCUCUAGUUUUAACCCUGCAGCUGAAAACAUAGCCGUUUCAGAGAAACGGCUAUGUUUCACUGAGGAUUAAUCCAGCCUCUGGUGGCUGUCUCAUUGACAGCCGCUAGAGGAGCUUCCGCGAUUCUCACUGUGAAAAUCACAGUGAGAAGACACUGAACGUCCAUAGGAAAGCAUUGAGUAAUGCUUUCCUAUCGGCGGUUUAAAUGCGCGUCUCUUGCCGCGCAUGUGCAUUCGGAGCUGAGAGGCGGAGGGAUCCCCAGCGCCAAGGGAAACCGGCGCUGGAGAAAGGUAAAUGCUGAAGACACACACACACACUCUCACGAACAGACGCAUACACACUAGCUAACAGACACACACAUUUACUGACAGAGACACACUCAGCGACAGACAUACAUACACAAUCACUUACAAAACAUACACAUUCACUGACAAACACACACCCAGUAACAGACACACACAUUAACACACUCACUGACACUCACUGACACUCAUUAGCAGACACACCUGCAAUAACAGACACACUCACUGACACUCACUAGCAGACACACACGCAAUAACAGACACACUCACUGACACUCACUAGCAGACACACACCCAAUAACAGACACACUCACUGACACUCACUAGCAGACACACAUAUUAACACACAUUCUAACACUAACACACACACACUAACACAAACUAACACUAACACACACACACACUAACACACACACACACUAACACACACACACUAACACACACAAUCACGCUAACAUACAUACACACACACUAACACCAACACUAACACACACUAACACUAACAGACACUAACACUAACACACACACUAACACACACACACUAACACAAAUACACUAUCACACACUAACACUAACACACACACACUAACACACACACUUACACUAACACACACUAACACACACACACACUAACACAAACACACUUACACUAACACACACUAACACACACACAUUUUUUUUUUAAAUUUAAUCCCCCCAGCCUCCCUACUUUUUGGAGAGCUGAGGGGAUUCCCUGGGGUCCAGUGGUGCUGCUGGGCGGCCGGGCGCGCGAGGGAGCACUCUGGUCUGAGUGCUUCCUCUUCAGCUCCCUCGCGCGCCGCGUAGGGAUGCCGGCGCCGGAAGAUGACGUCAUCUUCUGGCUCCGGUAUCAGUGCGGUGCACGAGGGAGCUGAUGAGGAAGUACUCAGAGCAGAGUGCUCCCUCGUGCGCCCGCCAGCCUGCCGGGUGUCAACAGGGCCAGCCUCGGGGGGCCCUGAGGUGGCCGGCUCCCAGUGGGAAGAGGCUGGCCCAGUGGGUACAUACCGGGUCGCAGGGCGGCCGGGCCCUCUGGUGGGCCGGGCCCGGUCGUAGUCGCGACCCCUGCGACCCUGGUAUGUACGCCACUGGGAGUAUGGACAAAGGAUAGACGUAGGUCUUUUGCAGACCGCAGGGGCCUCAACGGGACAUACUUGUGUAUUAGGGAGGAUGGGUAGGUUGGAGCAGCAUUAUAUAGGGACUUGUAAGCAAGCACCAGAAUCUAAAAGUGAACCCUAUAUCUAACUGGAAGCCAUUGUAGGGAUUGACAGAGGGAGAAGGUGUGGGAGGUGCGGAGGACAGGAAAAUGAGCCUCGCUGCCGCAUUCAUCAUAGAUUGCAGUGGUGCAAUCUGGGAACACUUAAGACCACUGAGAAGGGGAUUGCAGUAGUCAAGGCGAGAAAGAACAAUGACAUGGACCAGCACUUUAGUCGCGUCUGGUGUUAAAUAGGGGCAGAUGCGAGCUAUGGUUUUGAGAUGGAAGCGGCAGGAUUUGGCGAUAGACUGAACGUGAGGUGUGAAGGAGGGGUUGGAGUCAGAGAGAACACCUAGACUGCGAGGUAGAGGUGAUGGUGGCACCAUUGACGUGGAGGGAGGGAGACACGGAAGUAGCAACUCUUGAGGGAGGAAAGACCAGAAGUUCUGUUUUGGACAGGUUGAGUUUAAGGAAGUGAGCAGCCAUCCAGUUGGAAUCGCUGAGUUGCAGUCAUAGACACGAGUCAAGAUGGGCAGAGAGAGAUCAGGAGAGUACAGGUAGAUUUGUGUGUCAUCUGCAUAUACAUGAUAAUGGAAGCCAAAGGAGCUGAUGAGUUUACCAAGGGACAGUAUAGAAGGGGACCAAGGACAGAACUUUGGGGAAUGCCAACAAUGAGGGGUUGGGGAGAAGAGGCAGAGGCAGAGCCAGAGAAAGAAAAACUGAACCAGGAGAGAGCAGUAUCUCGUAGACCGAGAUUACGGAGAAUGAGAAGAAGCUGUUAAUGAUCAAAGGCAGCAGAAAGAUCAUGGAGAAUUAGGAUAGAGUAAUGGACGCAAGAUUUAGCAGCGAUUAAAUCAUUGGAUACUUUGGACACAGCUAUUUCAACAGAGUGACAAGAGUGCAGAAUCCAGACUGAAGCAGGUCAAGCAGAGAGUUGGAAUCGAGGAAGUCUGUCAAUCUCGCAUACACAACUCUCUCUAGGAUCAUGGAGGCAAACGGCAGUAUCGAUAUAGGGCGGUAGUUGGAUGGGGAGUUGGGGUCAAGGUUGGGCUUUUUCAGAAAUGGCGUUAUGGUUGCAUGCUUGAAGAGUGAAGGAAAUGUGCCGGAGGAAAGCUUUUUUAAAUGAAUGUUAUGUUUUUAUAAAAAUGAACACUUUAAGCUUCUGUCAUGAGUGAGUUAAAGAGUACAACAGCAACUUUGCCUCAUUGGGAGUUGCUGUUUGUAGUCAAAAGCACUGGAGCCCUGGCAAAGGGACAGUGGGCAUUUUCCCCGUACCCGGCCUUGGUAUACAAAGGUUGUGGGUAAAAGCAUCAAACCACUUGUCUGCAGAUUAAGAUAAGAGGCAGGUGCUUUGGCAUGACUGUUGGCAGCAGCAGUGGCUGGUGAAGUUUAAAGAUGGAGGAGGACUUGCCUCUACUGCUGGAGUUUGACACUUACUUUUUUGGGCUCUGCUCAUUUAACCCCAUGUACUCAACUUUUAAUCCAAUGGGAGACUCUUCAACACCACAAACUUAACAUAACAAACUUGUAGAUGCAUGUAGUGGUAAAUUAAAGCAGUCUGACACAACUCCCCUCCAUGUUGUUAUCCUAUGACAGCUCAGAAGACUUGUCAAUGUAUAGGCCUGUCUUUUAGCCUCUCAAGAAUCUACCACUGAAAUCCUGUUAGAGAAGAAUAAGCAUGUCUAUGAGGUCAAUACUAAAGUCCACAGUAUUCAUAGUAUAGAAUCCACCAGUUUACUGAGCAGUCUCACUCUUCUUAUGUGACAGAUGGGAUGCUGCUAGGAUUUCAACUACAUAGGGGAAAACAUAGACCAAAAGCUAAUUGGUACAGUCUCUUCCUGGUCAGGAAAUUUAGAAACUUUAUUGGUAUGUUGAUGUUUUUUCCUUUUGCUAUUUUAAUUUGGUUUUGCAAAUCUGUAAGACUUUUGACACUGCUGGAUAUAGAAGGCUUAUCAAUAAACUGCAAUCUUUAAGUUUGGAUUCCAAUAUUGUUAAUUGGUUAGUCAGUGGCUGAGUGACAGGCAACAGAGUGUCGUUGUCAAUGGAGUAUAUUCGAAGAAAGGUCUUGUUACAAGCGGGGUAGCUCAGGGAUCUGUACUUGGACCCAUUCUCUUUAAUAUUUUUAUUAGUGAUAUUGCAAAAGGUCUUGAUGGUAAGGCAUGUCUUUUUGCUGAUGAUUCUAAGAUAUGUAACAGGGUUGAUGUUCCAGGAGGGAUAAGCCAAAUGGCAAAUGAUUUAGGUAAACCAGAAAAAUGGUCAGAAUUGUGGCAACUGACAUUUAAUGUGGAUAAGUGCAAGAUAUUGCAUCUUGGACGUAAAAACCCAAGGGCAGAGUACAAAUUAUUUGAUAGAGUCCUAAUCCUUGGGCGUGAAUUUACAGGGGAGGGCAAAAAACGCUGCCCCCAAAUGCCUUGGCUGUUUACCUCGUUUUAUGGGGGCCCAAGAGCUGGCCGGCUUGCCACCUUUGGGCUCUCCUGGGGCAGGCAUCCAGUUGUUUCCCGGGCAGGCGGCAAGGGAGCACUUUCCCCUGAGCUCUCUCUGCUCAGCUCCUUCUCGCGACCCGCAGUGAUGCCGGGAGCCGGAAUAUGACGUCAGUCCAGCUCCCGGCAUCAUUCUGCGGCGCAUGAGGGAGCUCAGCAGAGAGAUCACAGCUCCGUCGCUGACACAUCUAGCCACCUUCCUGCCCAGGACCCGGGCAGCAGCCCCACUGGACCCCAGGUGAAAAAUCCACCCAGCUAUCCCAAAAGUAGGGAGGCAUGUUAAAUUUAAAUUAAAAAAAAUAAUAAUAAUUAUGAGUGUUGGCGGGAAAUGUGUGUGUGUGUGUGUGUAUGUGUGUCAGUGAAUGUGAGUGUGUGUGUCAGUGACUGUGAGGGAGUGAGUGUCAGUGAACAUGAGUGAGUGUGUGUCAGUGAAUGUGAGUGAGUGUGUGUGUCAGUGAAUGUGAGUGUGUGUGUCAGUGAAUGUGAGUGUCAGUGAAUGUGAGUGAGUCUCAGUGAAUGUGAAUGAGUGUGUGUGUCAGUGAAUGUGAGUGAGUGAGUGUGUGUGUGUGUGUCAGUGAAUUUGAGUGAGUGUGUGUGUCUGUCUGUGAGUGUGUGUGUUUCAAUGAAUGUGUGUGUGUCUGUCAGUCAGAGACUGUCUGUGAGUAUGUGUGUCCAGUGAAUAUGUGUGUCUGAAUGACUGUGCAUGUCUGUCAGUAAGUUGGCACGUAUCAGUGAGUGUAUGCGUCUGUCAGUGUGUGUCUAAAAUCUGUGAGUGUAUGUCAGUGUAUCUGAGCAUGUGUGCUGGUCCGUGAGUGUGUGUCUGUCAGUUAAAAUGUGUGUAAGUUAACAGGAAGAAGUGUGAUCUUGGCAGGAAGGGCCUGGUACAUUUAAAUUAGGGGGUGCCCGAGAUCUGUCAUGCAUAGGGCAGCACCAUUUCAAUUGUACGCAGUACUUAUUGUACGCAGUACUGGAGGCCGUAUCUCCAGAAGGAUAUUGAUACUUUAGAGAGAGUUCAGAGAAGGGCUACUAAACUGGUUCAUGGAUUGCAGAAUAAUACUUACAAGGAAAGGUUAAAAGAUCUUAACAUGUAUAGCUUGGAGGAAAGACGAGACGGGGGGAUAUGAUAGAAACAUUUAAAUACAUAAUGGGAAUUAACACAGUAAAGGAGGAGACUAUUUUUAAAAGUAGAAAAACUACCACAACAAGAGGACAUAGUCUUAAAUUAGAGGGGCAAAGGUUUAAAAUUAAUAUCAGGAAGUAUUACUUUACUGAGAGGGUAGUGGAUGCAUGGAAUAGUCUUCCAGCUGAAGUAGUAGAGGUUAACACAGUGAAGGAGUUCAAGCAUGCAUUAGAUAGGCAUAACGCUAUCCUAGCUAUAAGAUAAGGCCAGGGACUAAUGGAAGUAUUUAGAAAACUGGGCAGACUAGAUGGGGCGAAUGGUUCUUAUCUGCUGUCACAUUAUAUGUUUCUAUGUAACGCAUUAUCUAUGUCACAGGUAGGCAACAUUCGGCAUUCAAGGUAUUACGGACUACAUGUCCCCCCAAUGCUUUCCCAUCAUUAUGGCUGUGAGUACAUUAUGGGAGAUGUAGUCCACAAUAUCUUGAGUGCUAAAGUUUGCAUACCCCUAUUUUGUACCUUUAAAUAAUGUAUCCCUCACGGAGAAAGGAUGUCAUAUUGUAUUCGAUAUUUAUUUAUUCUUCUCACAUUUGUGAAUAUUUGUUAGCAAAACAACAAAAAAAUUUAAGAAUAUUAGACAGUAAUACAAUGGUUUAUAAAUGGUAGUCUUAAAAAUGCAUAUGCAAUAAUAAUAAUAACGUUAUUGUCCUAUUUUCUAUACCUUACAGAUGCUUCAACACACUGGACCCUUGGAAUGUUGUCAAGUUCUUGAUUAAUCACCUUCCCUCUGCAGCAUGCCCUCAUCUCCCUCACCUUCUUCUCCCAACUCCUCUCUUACCCCCACAUCACCAUCUAUGAACUCUUGUCAGCUGGAUGAGUCCUACAAGUACAUUUACCUUCCAACCUGCUACAUCUUCACCUUCCUGCUCAGCUUGGCUUUGAACUCUAUUGUCCUCACACGUUGCCUACGGCGUCCUUGGAAUCCAUCUCUAGUCUACAUGUUCAACUUGGCUCUCAGUGACCUCAUGUAUAGCUUGUCCUUGCCUUUUCUCAUUGCCAGUUACAUCUCUCGUGACCGCUGGAUCUUUGGGGACUCAAUGUGCCGAUUGGUUCGUUUUCUUUUCUACUUCAAUCUGUAUUGCAGUAUCUUCUUCCUUACAUGCAUCUCAUUCCACCGUUACCAGGGCAUCUGCCACCCCAUGCGCUCAAUGAGGCAAGAGACCAUGCGGUGGGUGAGAGCUACAUGUGUUCUCGUUUGGGCUGUGGUCUUCGCUAUGACUUCACCCAUUCUACUAUUUGCCAGAACAGGACCUUUAGAUGGAAUGGAAGACGUUCUAACAUGUUGGGAUGAUGCCUUGGAUUCAGACCUUCCACGUUAUUUGCCAUAUGGGAUUAUCCUCCAUACUGUUGGCUUUUUUCUGCCCUUCUCACUCACUGCCUGGUGCUACUCUCGAGUAGUGCGCACUUUGUGCAGAACCUUAAGGCCUGGUGUGGUUCCUGGACCAGUCCCAGGGUUAGCACAGAGACGUAAGUCAAUAAAAACUAUUGUCACCAUCACACUUCUCUUUGCUCUGUGUUUCCUGCCAUUCCAUGUGACCCGGACCAUUUUCAUGUCCCUCAGGGCUGGGAGACCUGCUUUGAGUGGAUGCCGGACUCUAGAAGUGGUUGCUGUCUGCUACAAAGUCACCCGACCUCUGGCUAGUGCUAAUGCUUGGCUCAAUGCUUUGUUGUACUUUGUAACCAAAGAGCAAUGUGGAAAAGGGCCAAGGGGGAAAAAGGGUGGAGAGCAAGUAGGAAAAAAUGUAAUCAAGAGAAAGCCAGUCAAGGUAGAGGAUAUCUGGGCAAACAUGUAUCCCUAACUAUGCCAAAACAAUGAAAGUCAAACAUACAGUCCUACGAAAAUAUUGUAUUUUCAGUUCUCCUUAGAUAAAGAAGAAAUAUGGGGAUCUGGGCAAUUUAUUACCUCAAUGGACAUAUUUUUGUGUACAGACUGUGUUUAUUGCCUGACAAUGAAUAAUAUGUAUGUAUGAGUUCAUGUGCAUUAUAAGGAGGCACAAUUUGGUCUGUGAUUAAUGCAAGCAUUUCAGAAAUAUGCAAAGCUCAUACUGAAUGUUUCUUUGAACUACACAAUACAAAAUGUUUGAUUACCACUGGAAUUAACCUAUGGACGCACAAGGUUCCUUCAGACUUUAACAUCUCUAUCUGCCUCUGUCAAUGAGUGUCUACUUCAUCAACAACAUUCUCUGCUACAGUGUCUCACUACCUAAUACCUUCAGAUAUGUCUCCCACAAUUCCACUCCAUGUGAUAUUUAUCAUGAAAUGUUUUAUAAUAUGUACGUACAAUAUGCACUUCUUCAGAGAUCCUGCGUAUGAGCUCUUCCUAUUUUAUGUCCUUUUCAUUACAUCAAUAAAUGUGUAGGCUGAAAAGAUUGUAAAUAAUGCUUGUGCUGGUAAGUUGUGGUGACAUGAGAACCAACUUGCAAAAAUUGAAGAUGAAAAUGCAGCGGGGUAAAAUAAAUUCUGAAUUAAUCAGAGUUUGAGGCUUAUUUUUUUCCAAACAUCAACCAGAGCCAUAGCUAUUAUGGUCUUAAUAUUUUCCAGUUAUCGCAACUUGCUGUUUAAUGAAUAUACCGCUUUCAGGUGUCCAGAGGGAAUUUGUUUAGGUGGGUAAUAAGCAUUGUUUAAAUAGAUAUACUCGCUGUGUUCCUCACUAUAAUGAUGUUAUACAUUUGGUUGAUAUUAUCUAUUUUGUAGGGUUUGGUUUGCUA